AGGACAGCUAGGAAGGUUUGAAAAUCACUUCGGAUAUGUCAGAAACCGGCUAUGGCAGGAAAUGCCAGUGGAAGAACCAAUGCGGUCCAAAGCAGGAGGUCUUUCUAUGGACUGUAUCCCUACAAGUCAAGCAUGAUCGGUCUGGAGUCGCUGGCAGAUCCAUCUUCUGAUUGGGACAUCAUAGAAACAAUUGGAAAAGGAACAUACGGCAAGGUCUACAAAGUCAUCAGUAAGAAAGAUGGAAGUCAAGCAGCAGUGAAAGUUUUGGAUCCCAUUAACAAUCCCAGUCACACUAACAGAGAUGUGGAUGAGGAAAUUGAAGCGGAGUACAACAUCCUGCGCUCGCUGUCCAACCAUCCCAAUGUGGUGAAGUUCUUUGGCAUGUUCUACAAAUCAGAUGAGCUCUCUGGAGGGCAGCUAUGGCUUGUUUUGGAGCUGUGUAAUGGAGGUUCAGUAACUGACCUGAUAAAGGGUUUGCUGAUGGGGGGGAAACGUCUUGAGGAGCCCAUCAUCUCCUACAUCCUGUAUGGAGCGCUUCUGGGUCUCCAGCAUCUUCACAACAACAGAAUAAUCCAUCGUGAUGUGAAGGGCAACAACAUUCUCCUCACCACAGACGGUGGAGUCAAACUGGUGAUAGCAUGUGAACAGCAGUACGACUACUCGUAUGACGCCCGCUGUGAUGUGUGGUCUCUGGGCAUCACUGCCAUAGAGUUGGCGGACGGAGACCCACCCCUGGCUGAGAUGCACCCGGUCAAAGCUCUCUUCAAAAUACCACGGAACCCGUCUCCCACCCUCCGCCACCCGGAGCACUGGUGCAGGAGUUUCAGUCACUUCAUUGCUCAGUGUUUGAUAAAGGAUUUUGAGACACGUCCAUCAGUGACGCAUCUGCUGGAGCAUCCAUUCAUUAAACAGGCUCAUGGAAAAGACACGUCGCUCGGACAGCAGCUGUCGGUCCUCAUCCGCGAGCAACAGGACGUGGGCAACCGGAUCAAGACCAGGCAUGAGCGGAUCAAUACUCGCAAAACCCUGAUCAUUGAGAGCUGUCCUGAUGAUGAUCUGGUGAACCUGGAGGUUUUAGAUGAGGAAACAAUCAUUGCACAUCUUCAGAGGCGAUAUCAGGAGCUGCAGAUCUACACAUAUGUUGGUGACAUCCUCAUAGCGCUUAACCCUUUCCAGAACCUCAACAUCUACUCUCCACAGUUCUCAAAGCUCUAUCAUGGGAUGAAACGCUCCACUAACCCCCCACACAUCUUUGCCACCGCUGAUGCAGCCUAUCAGAGCAUGGUCACCCUCUCCAAAGACCAGUGUAUAAUCAUUAGUGGAGAAAGUGGAGCCGGUAAAACUGAGAGUGCCCACCUCAUCGUCCAACAUCUCACAUUUCUGGGAAAAGCUAAUAAUCGAACACUUCGUGAGAAGAUUCUUCAGGUGAACCCCCUGGUGGAGGCAUUUGGGAAUGCGUGCACAGCCAUUAACGAUAACUCCAGCCGCUUCGGAAAGUACCUGGAGAUGAAGUUCACACCUACAGGGGCCGUCAUGGGUGCUAAGAUCUCUGAGUAUCUUCUGGAGAAAUCAAGAGUCAUCAAACAGGCUACGGGCGAGAAAAACUUCCACAUAUUUUAUUACAUCUAUGCUGGUCUUUACCACCAAGACAACCUCAAGAAAUACAGGCUACCCAACAAAACUGUCCCCAGAUACAUUGAUUGUGUUAAUGGUAAAGUAAUGCAGGACAUAGUCUCUAGCAAACUCUACGAGGAGCAAUUUGGUGCCAUUCAGGACUGUUUCCGUAUCAUAGGAUUUACUGAAGAGGAAGUGAAUUCUGUGUACAGAAUUCUAUCAGGCAUUUUAAACACAGGAAAUAUUGAGUUCACAUCCACCAGCUCCCAACAUCAGAGCGACAAGAGUGAGGUGCCCGACUCUGAGGCCUUAGACAAUGCGGCCGCUCUGCUCAGUAUUGGCUCUGAGGAGCUUCAGGAAGCUUUGACCUCCCACUGCGUGGUAACUCGAGGAGAAACCAUCAUUCGCACCAACACCGUGGACAAGGCCACUGAUGUGAGAGACGCCAUGUCUAAAGCCCUGUACGGACGCCUCUUCAGCUGGAUAGUGAACCGCAUCAAUGCACUGCUGCAGCCUGACACUAACAUCUGUGCGGCUGAGAGUGGAAUGAACGUGGGGAUUUUGGACAUCUUUGGUUUCGAAAACUUCAAGAAGAACUCAUUUGAGCAGCUGUGUAUCAACAUCGCUAAUGAACAGAUCCAGUUCUACUUCAAUCAACACAUCUUUGCGCUGGAACAGAUCGAGUAUCAGAGCGAGGGUGUAGAUGCCAGUCUGGUGGAAUAUGAGGACAACAGGCCCAUUCUGGACAUGUUUCUUCAGAAGCCCAUGGGUUUACUGUCUCUGCUGGAUGAGGAGAGCCGUUUCCCACAGGCCACCGACCAAACACUCGUCGAUAAGUUUCAGGAUAACCUGAGAAACAAGUACUUCUGGACGCCCAAGCGUGUGGAGCUUUGCUUCGGGAUCCAGCAUUAUGCUGGCAAGGUGUUGUAUAAUGUCAGUGGUUUUCUGGAGAAGAACCGGGACACUCUUCCUGCAGACAUUGUGGUGGUUUUGAGGACGUCAGAGAACAAACUCCUGCAGCAGCUGUUUUCCAGCCCUCUGACUAAAACAGGUAACUUGGCAACAUCCAGGGCAAGAGUGACAGCAGCAUCCAGAUCUCUGCCUCCACAGCUCAACAGCGGGAGAAAUAAGUCUCCUAAAUAUCUGCUAAAGGUGGACACCAUGGAAAUGAUGCGUCACCCAGAGGAAACCACUAACAUGAGGAGACAGACAGUGGCAUCUUAUUUCAGGUACUCUCUCAUGGACCUGCUGUCUAAGAUGGUGGUGGGAACGCCUCAUUUCGUCCGCUGUAUUAAACCAAAUGAUGACCGGCAGGCUCUGCUCUUCAAUAAGGAGCGCGUGAUGGUUCAGCUGCGUUACACCGGCAUCCUAGAGACCGUCAACAUCCGCCGGCAGGGCUAUUCUCACCGCAUACUCAUCGAGGAGUUUGUUAACAGGUAUUACUAUCUGGCCUUUCGUGCCCAUCAGAUGCCAGAGGGCAGCAGAGAGAACGCCAUUAUUAUACUGCAGAGAGCCAAACUGGACAACUGGGUCCUGGGCAAGACCAAGGUGUUUCUGAAGUACUAUCACGUGGAGCAGCUCAAUCUGAUGUUGCGGGAGGUGAUCGCACGGGUGGUGUUGAUGCAGGCCUACACCAAAGGCUGGCUGGGAGCUCGGCGAUAUCGGAGAGAGAGAGAGAAACGCAACAACGGGGCGAUUAUUAUACAGUCAGCCUGGAGGGGUUAUGUGGCCCGUCAGAAUCUGAAGCAGAUAAAGAGAGAGCGUGAGCAGGCUGCUGUACGGAUCCAGUCAACAUACAGAGGCUACAAAGUCAGGAAAGACUACAAACAGUGUCAACAAUGGACUGGACAACCCACACCUGAAAGAAGAUUUUCCACCAAUCACCUCCCAGUUGAAAAGGUUGUCUCUGUCAGCGCAGACACGGGCAGCAGAGAGGACAGCUCCGGUGACCUGUUUGUGCUGAAGACAGACAAACAGAGUGACAGCAGAGAGAGAGACGGGCUGCAGGAGCAGGAGCUAUAUUAUGUGGCACAAGUCAUAUGA